GCUUGAUGAUCUGCCCCAAGACUCAGAACCUUGAUGUCAUUGUCAAUAUCAGUGACACUGAAAGCUGGGAUCAGCAUGUUCAGAAGCUCAACAAGUUCUUAGAGCCUUACAACGACUCCAUCCAAGCCCAAAAGAACGAUGUCUGCCGCCCUGGUCGAUAUUAUGAGCAACCAGAUAAUGGGGUUCUCAACUACCCAAAACGAGCCUGCCAAUUCAACCGGACACAGCUGGGCAAUUGCUCUGGCAUUGGGGACCCUACCCACUACGGUUACAGCACUGGGCAGCCCUGUGUCUUCAUCAAAAUGAACCGGGUCAUCAACUUUUAUGCAGGAGCAAAUCAGAGUAUGAAUGUUACCUGUGUUGGGAAGAGAGAUGAAGAUGCUGAGAAUCUUGGCCAUUUCGUCAUGUUCCCUGCCAAUGGCAACAUUGACCUCAUGUACUUUCCCUACUAUGGCAAAAAGUUCCAUGUGAACUAUACACAGCCCUUGGUGGCUGUGAAGUUCCUGAAUGUGACCCCCAACGUGGAGGUGAAUGUAGAAUGCCGCAUUAACGCUGCCAAUAUCGCCACAGAUGAUGAGCGAGACAAGUUUGCUGGCCGCGUGGCCUUCAAACUUCGAAUCAACAAAACCUGAGGCUUCCCCUCCCCCUCACUUUCCCGUGGAUGCUUCUGGAAUGUCCU